UCUAUCCUCUGUCUCUUGUCUCUCCUGAUUCCCUUCGACCGACCGCCACCAUCAACGGGCGACGCCGCGCCGUCGACCCACCGCCCGCCGGCCCACCGCCCCGGGCCGGUCCCGUCGUUCUCCACCCGCGGUCCGCCAUCGACGCCGCGUGAUCGGCCGUCAGAUCCACAGCUCCGGCAUCAUCCCGGCAUUUUGUUCUUCCCCCAACAGCACAUCGUGACCUGGUGGGGCAUCGUCGCCAUCGGUCCUCCGGCCGGCGGCGAUGAAGUCCUCGGUUUCCCCUUCUUGUCUUUGGGACUGGCAAGCAGCGGAGCAUUGUGAAAGCAAUGCUGCAAGUCAUGAUGUUUCUAGAUUCAUGUGGGACUGCCUCAAUCAAGAUGAUGAUGACCUACUGGGAUUGCUGGGCAAUCAAACUCCUCUAAGAGACUGUCGUGGCUUCUUUGAUAUUGAUGAUUUCACCUGCAAGGAGACGUUGGACCUUGAGGAAUCUCGGGAAUCAAAGCGCCGCCGCAUAUUGGAGUACCCUUCUGAGUCUAAUCAAUCAGAAGAUGGAAAUCGUGAAAUAAGUUCUACCUUGGGCACAUCUGAGGUAUCAGAAAUUUCAUUGCUUUGCACCGAUGAACCGCAGAGCUUCAAUUGGGAUUCACAGAACAAUUCAAAUAAUUUUGAUUCUUUGUCAACUGGAGCAUUCUACCAAUCAUCACAUAGUCAUUCGAAAAAUUGCUCUGAUGAAAAUCAAAUGCAUUUCAGGCAUGACCAAAUGCAUUCUAGCCAGGAGAGCGUUACAUAUACCAAUGAUCAAAGUGGUAUUUCAGGAACUACUGAGAAUGAUUCAGUGACAGAAAGUCUUGUAAUGCAGGAGACUAGGAAGCUUUCUACACUUAAAGUAUCUAAAGGAGCCUCACUGGUUAAGGCGAAGCAGAAUUUAACUACAACUAUAGCAUACCCUUUUACCCUCAUCAAACCAUCCUGGGAGGAAGGAGACGUCAUCACUCUGAAGGAUAUAAAUCAGCGAAUCCGUGCUCCUCCGAAGAAGGCUCCAGAAACCCUAGGGACUUCAGCCUUCUCUGGCAAGCCAGUCGUUGGCAAAACAAGGAUCAGAACUGACGGGGGCAGAGGCAGCAUCACGAUACUAAGAACAAAAGGUUGAGAGUCCAAACAACUUGUUUCUCAGCCAUUACCUGGAUUGCUUUCAGCAAUUUGAUCUCCGUAGCUCUCCAGUUUUUCGUUUUGAUUUUUUUUUUUUGGCCAUGGAUUUGGUAUUUAGGAUGACUAUCAAUGGCUAACUCUUCAAAGAUUUACCAUUCAUCCUGUGUACAUUAGCGACAUGCGGCUAAUGUUAUAUAUGAGAGUUUUGUGUUCAGAAACCAUGCCCCUCUACUCAUCCAACUUAUGUCGGAUGUUGUUCAGGGUUUUCUCCCAUUUUUCUGAAUAGUUGUCCAUUCUCGAAUGGACGCGUGUAAUCGUGAAACAUUUGAUUAUUUUGUUGCUUACAAUAUAUAGCACACAUACAGGGGAGUUUAUGUA